AGCAACAACAGAUUCGACGCCCAAGCAGAAAGCAUCCGACAUUCCCGAGAAACAAACAACCCAACACCCAAAAUCAUGAAUCUUGAACCAAGGUUUCAUCUUCGCAGACAUCUGAAGCUUAAUUUAGUAGUUCUUUGUGUUUUCUCUCUGUCUUCCAUUUCCUUAAUCCUGGCGUCCUCCCCUCCGACUAAUUCAUCGGAAACAUGUCCGAUGGACCUCAACUAUGUCCUAAGAAUCCCGUGGAACACUUCCCUUUGUACAAACUUCCACCCCACCAGUGACCCCAGUAAAGACCUGUGUUGCAUGUCCCUUCUCUCCCUCUUUGGCGUCGCACUGGCGCAACGCCUCAAUGAAACCUCCUUUUUCCAGCUGCCGAACCGGUCAACCGCCGUGUCCUGCCUUCAAGACUACCAAUCCAAACUUACUGCUCUUUCUCUGUCUAGUAAUUUGGUUUCCGACUGCUUUGAUCCCAUGCAGUUUGUAAUCACACCCAACUUUUGUGCCCAUAUAAAGUCGACCAAAGAUUGGGUUGCGCAACUUGGAGAUUCAAUUAUGCUUGACUCGGCCUGCAAGCCUGAUCUCACUUAUCUCAGCGCCUGUGAUUCAUGUCUCAAUGCUGGGUAUCGGGCUCAGACGCAGUUGGUGCAGAUUGAUGGUAAUAAAACUCAUGCUGGUAACUGUUUUCACUUUGCUAUUCUUUAUGCUGCUGGGAUUGUUAAUCAGUUUGGACCUGAGAGUGAUGGUGCUGUGUCUUGCAUUUUUGGAUUAUCUUUGAAAACACAAACUUCAGGUAGUAAACAUUCAGGGGUUGUUUUCAUAUUUACUGGAGCUGGGGUUGCUGUUUUUGUAAUGUCUAGUUUAUUGGGUUUGUAUUGUUGGUAUGAGAAGAGAUUUAGGAGAAGAAAGCUUGGUAGUUUUAAUUCUGGUUUUUAUGAUUUGGAAUUGGAGAAGCCAAGGUCUAGGCCUAAAUUGAGGCCAAAUACUGGGUCAAUUUGGUUCAAAAUUCAUGAUCUUGAGAAGGCAACAGACAAAUUUUCACCCAAGAAUUUCCUAGGGAGAGGUGGGUUUGGGGUUGUUUAUAAAGGGGUCCUGCCGGAUGGGACAGUGGUGGCAGUGAAGAAGAUAAUAGAAUCUGAGAUUCAAGGGAAUGCAGAAUUUUGCAAUGAGGUUGAGAUUAUCAGCAAUCUGAAGCAUAGAAAUCUUGUGCCUCUUAGGGGAUGCUGUGUGAUUGAUGAUCGGGAUGAGAAUUAUGAGGAGAGAGGGAGUCUGAGAUACCUUGUUUAUGAUUACAUGCCAAAUGGAAAUCUUGAUGAUCAUUUGUUUCCUUCAAGUAUAACGGGGAAGAUACCAUUGAGUUGGCCUCAGAAAAAGAACAUAAUUCUAGAUGUUGCAAAAGGUAUAGCUUACCUGCAUUAUGGAGUAAAUCCUGCGAUAUACCACAGGGAUAUUAAGGGUACAAACAUAUUGCUAGAUGCUGAUAUGAGAGCAAGAGUGGCAGAUUUUGGGUUGGCCAAGCAGAGUCAAGAGGGUCAGUCUCAUCUCACUACUAGAGUAGCUGGAACUCAUGGGUACUUGGCUCCUGAAUAUGCUCUUUAUGGGCAGCUGACUGAGAAGAGUGAUGUUUACAGCUUUGGUGUGGUUGUCUUAGAGAUAAUGUGUGGGAGAAAAGCUCUUGACUUGUCUUCAUCAGGAUCUUCGGGGGCACUUUUGAUAACUGAUUGGGUUUGGUCAUUAGUGAAAGCAGGAAAACUAGAGGAGGCUUUUGAUCGUUCUUUGUUGGAAAACAAAGACUGUUUGAAUUCCAAUCCAAAAGCAAUAAUGGAGAGGUUUGUGCUGGUUGGUAUUUUGUGUGCUCAUGUGAUGGUGGCUUUAAGGCCUACUAUUUUGGAUGCACUGAAAAUGUUGGAAGGAGAUAUUGAAGUUCCACCAAUUCCAGAUCGGCCAAUGCCUCUUGGACAACGCCCUUCAUUAUUUGGUGAUUGUCCUUUAAGCAUCUCACCAGUUUUAAGCGGGCCACGGUUGCACACAGGGGACAUGCUUAGGUAAUUUGCUUGAUAUAAGGAUGUGGAGAAGCAAUGUCCGUUUGUAUCAAUCGAGCUGAGCUGAUGAGUCAACAUAGUUGUAAUCCCAAACAUGCCAAUCUAGUAAUGAAAUUUUCAUAGUAGUAGUCUUCUGCCGAUGGUCACUUCCCCUAUGACGGAUCUAUUCGAACCCGAAAUUCUGUACUGAAGCAGAGAUUCAUGGUUUCCACUUGAACCUUAGAGCUACAGCGACAGUCGGAUGAACAGAAUGUCCUAAGCGAGGAUAACUAUCCUACCUUCUGAACAAGCUGAGGAAUUGCAGGCUACCCAUUUACAAGACCGGAGACUCUCAUCUCUAAGUUUACAUGCUAAUGGAGGCCGUUUUAGAUCUGGGAUCUGCCUUUUGGUCGUUCUCCUGACCAGUUCUGUUGGUGCUGAAACUCGGAGGCCGAAGAUAAAUUUAGUUUCAAUAAUCGUAAUUUUCUUAUUGUGACAUCUUGGCAAUUACUAAAUGUAAGUAAUUGCAAUUUAAAUACUUAAACUUCCUUAAUGAAUAACACUUAAAUUU